AUGCCCACCUCCUACAACACCUCCCCGAUCCCCCUCAGGAAGGUCCAACACCCGCCUUACACAAUCCCGGUGCCAAACCACCCUCAAGUUCCCAACGAGACCAUCCCCCGUCGUCAUCCCAAAGCCCGCGAUGGCCUCCUCGAGCGCCCCGCCCCGGAUGUUAAUACUACCUUCGACCUGUUGAAGCGCUCGGCAAAGCUCUACCCAGACGAACCGGCCAUCGGUAGCAGAAAGCUCAUCAAAGUCCACAAAGAGAACAAGAAAAUCCCCAAAGUGAUCGACGGAAAAGAGGAGCUGGUGGACAAGGAAUGGACCUUUUUCGAGCUGAGCGACUAUGGGUAUUUGACCUACGGGGAGUACUUUAAGCAGGCUCUCGAGGUGGGAGCAGGGUUGGUGAAGCUGGGUUUAAAGGAGAAGGAGAGGGUGCAUAUUUUUGCUGCCACCAGUCCCGAAUGGCUAACUCUCUCCCACGCCUGCUCCUCCCAAUCCCUCACCAUCGUCACCGCGUACGACACCUUGGGCCCGUCGGGAGUAGAGCACUCACUGCUGCAGUCAAAAGCCUCUGCUAUCUUCAUCGACCCUCACCUUCUCAAGACAGCGAAGAAACCGCUCGAAGCAGCUGGUGAUCAGAUUAAAUUCUUGAUCUACAACAACAACUCGCACCAACCAGUCCCCGACUCUGAGAUUGACUCUUUCAAAUCUGCCCAUCCAGAUCUCAAGGUGUUGAGCUUUGAGGAACUGCGGCAGCUGGGGCAGGAUAACCCCGUCGAGGCGAACCCGCCAAAGGAUCCGGAAGAGGUCUACUGCAUCAUGUACACCUCUGGCAGCACCGGACCACCAAAGGGAGUACCAGUUAGUCAUGGGGGGUUUGUUGCUGCGGUGGCGGGGUUGUUUUCUGUCAUGGAGGAGAGUGUCUCACAAAAGGAGUAUGUUCUUGCUUAUCUCCCUCUGGCGCAUAUCUUUGAGUUGGUGUUGGAGAAUCUUGCCAUAUUUGUUGGGGCUACUCUGGGGUACGGCAGCCCACGGACGCUGUCCGAUCAAAGCAUGAGGAACUGCUACGGAGACAUGAGAGCUUUCCGACCGACGGUCAUGGUUGGUGUCCCCCAAAUCUGGGAGACCGUCCGGAAGGGAGUAGAAGGAAAGGUCAACAGUGGUGGGGCUAUCAUGAAGAACCUGUUUUGGGGGGCGUAUGCGCUCAAGGACUUGAUGGUCAGGACUGGGUUACCUGGUCAAGGCAUUUUGGACAAGCUCGUCUUUGACCAAGUCCGGGUUAUGACAGGAGGCAGACUGAGGUUCAUCGUCAAUGGAGCGAGUGGGAUAGCCACCGGUACGCAAAAGUUUAUGAGUUUGGUUGUGGCGCCGAUGAUGAAUGGGUAUGGGCUCACCGAGACGUGCGGGAAUGGAGCACUUGGGUGCCCGUUGCAGUGGACGACGGGGGCGAUCGGGCCUGUUCCUGCUGCGGUGGAGAUGAAGCUUGUGAGCUUGCCCGAGCUGGAUUAUGUGGUUGAUCACCCUACCAAUCCGCCCCAGGGAGAGAUCUUGCUUAGGGGGAAGCCGGUUCUCAAGGAGUAUUUUGAGAACCCGGAGGAAACCGCCAAGGCUGUCACAGAGGAUGGGUGGUUUAGGACGGGAGAUAUCGGGCAGUUUGACCCGGAUGGACAUGUGAGGGUGAUUGACCGGUUGAAGAACCUGGUCAAGCUGCAGGGAGGGGAGUACAUUGCGCUGGAGAAGCUCGAGGCGGUGUAUAGGGGUGCCGCGUAUGUGCAGAACAUCAUGGUGCAUGGGGACAGCGGGAGCCCGAGGCCGAUUGCGGUUGUAUUGGCGAAUGACAAGGCGCUGGCGGAGAAGGCGAAGGAGUUGGGGGUUGGUGAGGCGGAUAUGCAUCGCGACAAGAAGGUGAGGGAUGCGGUGCUCAAGAGCUUGCAGGGGGUGGCGAGGAAGAAUGGGUUGAGCUCGAUGGAGACGGUGGCGGGGGUUGUGGUUGUGGAUGAUGAGUGGACGCCGAAUAAUGGUCUUGUGACGGCGACGCAAAAGGUCAACAGGCGGGCGGUUAGGGAGAGGUACAAGAAGCAGAUUGAGGAGGUUGUGGGGAACAAAUGA